AUGGCUGGUACAAUUCCUUUCAGGCAGAACUCACGGCAGCCGUCGCGCCAAAUGACCGACCCACGCAACGAGAUUCGCCCACAUGUCGACCACUACAUCGGUAUUGACGUUGGUACGGGCAGUGCUAGAGCUUGCAUUAUGAAUGAUCAGGGUGAUAUCGUCGGACUGGCCUCGGAGAACAUUGGAUUGUGGCAGCCACAGACCGGUUACUAUGAACAAUCAACAACAGACAUAUGGCGAUGUAUUUGCUCUUCAGUUCGCCGAGCAAUGGACCAGCACAACAUCGACCGUGACUCCAUUCGCGGUAUCGGGUUCGAUGCUACUUGCUCACUAUCCGUUUUCUCAGAGGAUACCGACGAGCCCAUCUCGGUCACUGGUCCCCACUUCGACAACAGAGACGGCAACGAUCGUAACGUCAUUCUAUGGCUCGAUCACCGACCCGUCGAAGAGACCGAGAAGAUCAACGCUACCGAUCACAAUCUGCUCCGCUACGUUGGAGGCAAGAUGUCCAUUGAGAUGGAAAUUCCCAAGGUCUUGUGGCUCAAGAACAACAUGCCGAAGGAGCUGUUUGAUCGCUGCAAAUUCUACGACCUGGGCGACGCACUUACACAUCUGGCUACCGGAAGCGAUACUCGAAGCUACUGCAGUGUAGUCUGCAAGCAAGGGUUCGUUCCUGUGGGUGUUGAUGGAAGUGUCAAGGGCUGGCAGGAGGACUUCCUCAAAGACAUUGGCCUGGAAGACUUGUGUGAAGACAACUUCAAACGGAUGGGAGGCGUUGACAAAGUGAAUGGACGCUACCUCACUGCCGGUGAGCUUGUCGGCACUUUGAGCGAGAAGGCUGCCGCAGAGAUGGGGCUCAACCCUGGCGUUGCAGUUGGCAGUGGCGUCAUCGAUGCCUACGCUGGCUGGAUCGGCACUGUCGGUGCUAAAGUCAAGCUCGAUGAAGAUACCCUUGACAUGGGCCACGCAAAGAACGAUGUUGAGCAAGCUUUCACACGCCUUGCUGCCGUAGCCGGAACAUCGACUUGCCAUCUCGCCAUGUCUCGCGACCCCGUUUUCGUACCUGGUGUAUGGGGACCGUACAGAGACGUUCUGCUCCCUGACUACUGGAUGGCAGAAGGCGGUCAAAGCGCAACAGGCGAGCUGCUCAAGCACGUUAUCGAGACGCAUCCUGCUUUCAACGAGGCUUCAUCUGUUGCGGAGACCUUCAACACAAACAUCUACGACUACCUGAACGAGCAUCUCCGCGAGAUGGCCGAGAAUGAGUCGGCACCACACAUCUCAUGGCUAGGCCGACACUUCUUCUUCUAUGGAGACUUAUUCGGCAACCGCUCUCCCAUCGCGGACCCCAACAUGAAAGGUUCAGUCAUCGGGCUCAGCUCUGACAAGAGUCUCGACGGUCUGGCAUUGUACUACUACGCUACGCUCGAGUUCAUUGCGCUACAGACUCACCAGAUCGUGUCGACCAUGAACAACUCUGGGCACGUCAUCUCGUCCAUUUUCAUGUCUGGAUCGCAGUGCCAGAACAGCCUUCUCAUGCAACUUGUGGCUACCGCUUGCAACAUGCCCGUCCUCAUUCCGAAAUACGUCCAUGCCGCUGUCGUACAUGGUGCUGCUAUGCUUGGUGCGAAGGCGGCGAGCACCGACAAGGAUGGUAACAGCGAACCCCUGUGGGAUAUCAUGGACAGGUUUAGCAAGCCUGGCAAGACGGUGAAGCCAAUUGCGGAUAAGAAUGUCAAAAAGCUGCUGGAAGCCAAAUACAAGGUCUUCCUCGAGCAGAUUGAGAGGCAGCAGAGAUACCGGAGUGAGGUAGAUGCAGCGGUUGAGGGCUGGGCCAAAGCCAAGUAG